GUUUGUCUCAUCCGACGUACAAGAAAACGCUUGCGCGACCGAAAGCGCACGAACCCGCUUUAGCUUUUAUAAUCGUCAGUAUCGUGUUGAUAGUGUCGAAAAGAACGCGGUGCCGGGUGUUCCGCUUAUCUACCCGGUCUCUAUUACCUUUAGUGUAGUCGUAGUUCAGCAGAAUAUACCGAUUCAGUGCUAUGGAUCCCCAAAAUCAAGAUAUCGUGGCUGUAGGCAGUCCCGCCGAAGUCCCAAACGAUCCAGGGAAAAUGUUCAUUGGAGGGUUAAGUUGGCAGACAAGUCCAGAGAGUCUACGAGAAUACUUUAGCAAGUUCGGCGACAUAACCGAAGUUAUGGUUAUGAAAGAUCCAGCCACAAGAAGAUCAAGCGUCACGGCAGGAACUAAUGGGGUUAUCUACUCGAUGGACUUGGGAGUUUCAGUUAGCACCCCCAGGGGCUUCGGUUUCAUCACUUUCACCGACCCAUCAAGCGUUGAUAAAGUACUGGCACAAGGCACACAUGAACUCGAUGGAAAGAAGAUUGAUCCAAAAGUAGCAUUUCCGAGACGAGCACAUCCUAAGAUGGUUACCAGGACGAAAAAAAUAUUCGUAGGCGGACUAUCUGCACCUACCACAUUAGAAGACGUGAAAACAUACUUCGAACAAUUUGGACCGAUUGAAGAUGCAAUGCUUAUGUUUGACAAACAAACAAAUAGGCAUAGAGGUUUUGGAUUUGUCACAUUUCAAAGUGAAGACGUCGUAGAUAAAGUUUGUGAAAUUCAUUUUCACGAGAUCAACAACAAAAUGGUGGAAUGCAAGAAAGCACAACCAAAAGAAGUAAUGCUUCCCGCUAACUUGGCCAAAACCCGUGCGGCCGGCCGGGGAGCCUACGAUUUUAUGUGGUCGCUGGGAGCCCUUCCUGACGGUUUUCCCGCUGCGGCAUAUGCCGCCUAUGCGGCCGGUCGAGGUUACUCGGGCUACCCUAGUUUCGGACUGCCAUAUCCAGCAGUGGAUCUAACCAAUGGACAGCUCACUCCGAAUAAUAACACUCCACUGUUGACUCAGGCCUUGUCAGGGUCACCAAGUGGCGCAUGGCAGGCGCAGCCUCAGCCUUCAGGAGCCGACCAUCACCAUCAGCAAUCGCCCACAGCUGCACCACAACCCCACCAUUUCUCCAUUUCCUUUGCAGUGAUGAACAAUUACCAAGCAGCGGCCGCUGCACAAGCGCAAGCGCAAGGAUAUGGACCACCAGCGUCCCCGCACACAACCGGCGCUAGAGCAGGGUUCCCAGCAGCUAAUUCUCCAGGACCCACCAUUGAUAUGUACAACAGCAGUGCUGAUAGCGUCGGUUAUGUUCAAGCCGCCAGUCCCCAGCCUAGCAGCUUUCCGGCAAUCGCCGUCAGCAGAGCACCGCUUAAUUACAGUCCGGGUCCUCUUAUCCCGGCUGCAUUCACCAAUGGCUACCAUUGAGUCGAAGUACUAUCUAGUGUUGUGUGACCCAAAAAUCGGCAGCUACGUGAUGGCAUCACAACUGCACUUGUACAUUCACUUUAUGUAUAAUAAUCUAAUUAUGUAGCACCCCCGCCAGGCGAGGCCCACUUGUUGUUGUAAUGUUUGGUGUACGCGUACCGCUUCGUCGCUAAUCGGUAGCUGACGAGACCUCCGCCAAUUUGUCAACAUUUGUAUACACUGAAUCCAAGUUAGAGGUAUACUUUUAAUGCAUUUCAAUCGUAUCUCAAAAUAAAUAAAUGAAUGAUUUCUUCCAAAGUGGUUCAUACAAAACGUUACCACAUGACAAAACUUAAAUUUCAAUUAAAUGGUGUUAAAUACCACAGUUAUUAGGGUGAUUAAAAAUAAAAAAGCACUUCUGCGAAACUUACCGCAUCAAUUUGGAAUCAUUUCUAAAUGGUCUAAAUCAUCCUUCAUAUCUUAAAUGAAAGCUUGAUGAGAUUAACAGCUGGGUCUUUUAAAACUGAAGGUAACAACUAAGAAAUGAACUUUUUGUAGUUAUAUUGUGUCACUAUGACUCAUUGUUUCGGUAAAUUUUGAUAACUGCAUCUCCUUCUGCCAUAACAGAAUUUUUAGGCAACUGGAAAUGUUCGAACACCAUGAAUAAGGCUCGAAUUCAUAUGCAAAGGAAUUACAUGAAAUAUGAAUCUCCAAAUAUGCAACAAUGCAUGUAAAGUGAAUAAAAUGUGAAAAAUCGAUAAGUGCAUUUGUUUUUAUUUAUCUUCUUAAUAUGUAUAACUAUUCACAAACAUUGAUAGGUUAUUAUUAUGUACUAUCGAAUAAAUUUGUACAUUUUCUACGUCGAACGAAAGUAAUACAAGUUUAAAAUUCAUUUUUGCUAAAAGCAUUUAAUAGUUAAGACUCAUUUUUUGAAUAUAUACAUAUAUUUAUAAUUGAUUGGUCAAUAGUUGUCUGGAUUUCAUAAACCGUUGACUUCAAAUUUUGAAUUGAUUGCACCCUUAAAUAAACUUUUUUUCAUACUCUACUGUAAGUCGACUUUACAGUACUAAUUUGAGUCCGGAAAAUGGCACUUUACGGUAUCUUUGUUCUUUACAGUUCUUUACAAAAUUCAAUAUUUCUGCCUUUGUUUACAAUAUUACAUCAGAGACUGUUAAUUUCUAUUUUUUUAAAUAAGAGAAUAAUCAAAGGAGAUAUUUUUUAGUAAAUUUGUCAAAUACGACAUUUCAUACUUUAAUAUAAUUUUGAUUUUAUUUAAAACCGAAAACAGUGUGAAAAAAAACCAUAUUACGAUAUACAUCCGUGAAUUUAUUAUUAUUAAUAUGUGUGUAGCAGCAUCAGUCAGCAUUAACACUUUUUACAAUAUUUUCCAAGUCUGCGCGCAUGUCCUUCGAUAAAUAAAACUUGAAGGGGUCUUCUUACUUUUUUGUAAAAUUGGUUGACAAAGUCUGCGCCAAAUUUCACAUUUCUCGCAAUUUAUUUUAUGAAGAGGUUUUUUUCAAUGCUGGACAAAAACAAAUGUGAACUGAGAAGCAUUAUAAAUAUUCAGUAAUUUGAGUAAAUAUGUGCAGAAAGAAUGCAAAAGUUACCAUGAAUUUGAAUGAUAUGCAAAAAUAUAUAUUCAGCAUAUAAUCCGAACUUUAAUCAUGAGUGUAAAACAUAAACUGUGUUAAGUAGUCAUAUAUUAUUAUAGAGUAAUUCAAGUGAUUCGACAAUAUUCCAAAAGUUUCACAAAUAUGAAAUUUAAAUUUCAAAUGUCAAAAUAUUAAAGAGAAAUAAAAAGAUUUAAAGGUAUAUAAAAAUUUUCCAUCGCUGAAAAUUUUAAUCGUAAAAGUAUUGAUCAGUGGAUUAGUUUUAGAUUUCUUCUUUCCUAAUUUGAUUUUGGCUUAUAAUGAAAAAUUGAUAUAUUAAUUCCAUAAUUAUUAUUAUCACAAUUUUUAUAACAAUAGACACAUCUGAAAAGUUGAAAUAAAAAUAGGAAACUGGCACUUUCAAUUCAAAACAGAAAAUGUACCUAGAACACUACAUUGGAAUAGCAUGUUGUUUUCCUUUUAUUUAAAGUACAACUCUAAGUCGUUCUGCUUAAAUCCGAAUCACAUGAAUCACCAAUAUAAAGAUUACAUUAUGAAAUUUAUGUUGAGGAAGAUUUAACAAAAUAUUCAGUUUAGUCUUUUAAUGUAUAAGCGACACAAAGAAACCUUAUGAUCAUUCACAAGAUAAUAUUCAACAGUAAUUAUACUGUACAAAAAUAUGUUCAUACAGUUAAUUGACAUAGAUAAAUCCCAUAAUAAAUAAAAAUAAUUCGUUAUGUGAUACCAUUGAAAAUGCAUAUUUUCGACAAUUAACAGUAGUGUUAACGCUACUGAUAUGAAAAAUACGAUAUUACAUACGAGUGUGAGAAGUUGUUGGAUCAUAAUAGUACGAAAUACACAUUUUCCGUACUAGUUUAUAGGGCGAAAUAUUAAAUAUUCCGUGUAAGUUGUCGAAAAUGAUGAUUUUGUGCUAGCCAAAGUUUAAUUGGCUGCUUAAUUUUUGUUUCUACAAAAAGCCCGCGUAUAAUGUAGCGAAGUCGAUUCAAAUGUUGCCAAAUGGAACUAAUGCCAGUAAUAAUACCUGAUAUUUUCAAUAUUCCAAUCGCAGCUUUUAAUAAAAGUAUCUUCAAUUAACAUUUAUGAUCACAGAUUAACGCCAAAAAUAUGAUUUUUAUAUUUCAAUUUUUAGAUAUUAAGAUUUACGUUUAACGAUACAUUCUAAUUCUAUAUUAAAUUAUGAGAUAUAGGUAAGCAUUACAUGGGAUAUUUAUAUAAAUCUCAUUUUGGGAAUCCCUGUAAAAAGUACUUUUAUGCUCGAAAUUAUAAUUUUGGGCCAAAGCUUCGAAAACACGACGCUUUUAGACAAUUUGUAAAUGUAAUAGUGAAUUUUUAUAUCAGACAAAUCGAUCACUUUGAUAACUAGAAAAUGUUCACGGUUUCUAUAUCGAUAUAUAGUACCAUUGAGUAUCGCUCUUGGUGCAUAAAUUAGACGCUUGAAGCUUGCCCUGUGAAAUAGUUUUUUCUUAUUGAGUAUAACUGUAUAUACUUUUGAGUACUAUUACUGUAAUGUACCUUGUAUCUUUCUCUGCAGCUACCGAUAAUGCGUCUUUCCACCAAACACAGGCACUAUUGGUUAACGUCUUGCGUUAUAUUACAUAUGAUGUAUUACAGGGUAUCUUAAAAAUGGGAUACAUUAUCCUCACAUAUAUUAUUAUAAUUAAGGACCAACUUGGCAACUGCGUCAACUGUAAUUGAAAAAAGUUUGAGGCGUUGCCGUGGUUAGUUGAUUAUUUUACUGUUUUAACUUUUAUUUUUCAAUUUACUAUAGUUGUUUUAUAUAAAUUUUAUUAUUAAGUAUAUAUGAUAUAUUGUAUUAUUUAUGAGAUAUAAUUAAAUAAGUUUUUAUGUUGCGUCACGCAUUUGAGCGGUCAAUGUAUACAAAAUAUUCAUUAUGUCUUUUUAAAAUAUUGUAUAUAUCAUUAUUUCUAUUAUCGUUACUUAACGCGUGAAGGAACAAAUGGAUUAUAAAGAAGCGCUUUCAAUCUCAUGAGCAAAUCAAUUUAGAUUCCUCUACAUCUAUGCUGUGACCAUCUGUUAACCUGUAAGUAUUUUUUUUCAUUCUAAUAGUUUUUUUCUUUCUUUUUUCAAGUUGUCGCUUGAAAACUGGUUUGAAGUAACAAGAAAUUGCUAUAAAUGUAAUUGAUCACUAUGAUAUAUUGUUUUAUAAAUCAAGUUUCAAUUAUAUAUUUCCAAUACUACUUAUAAUAUAAAACACUCGUACGCUUAUUAAUAUUUAUAAUUUCUUCAUAUCUUCAAGAAUUUUAGGCUUAAUUAGUACAAUUCAUUGAAUGCCAAUGACUACAGUGAUUUUCACAUCACAAUUAAAAGUAUUUUGAUUUGAAUAUCUGUUUUUCUGAUAUAUUUAUAUAUAUACCUUGAGUCUACUUGUUGUAACCAUUUGGAAAACUUGAAAGAAAAUUCUGCAUUAUCUAAACAUCAAAUACUACCAAUAGAUGAAAUUGUUUUCAAGUCGUAUACGAGGUUAUUUAUAAAAGUAUUAUUAGGAUUUCAAAUUAUAUUGAAAUAUACAAUUACAGCCAUUCGGUACUGAUUAUUUCGUUUCUGCUCUUCACAAUGAUAAAAUGAUCUUCCUGAUAUACUAAUAUGUAUUUGAGGAUGAAUUUCAGGGUGAGUUUAAUUACAUGAUUUCCUUGUCGCAUCAUUUAUUAGUACCUUGCAAUAAAUCAAUUCCCGUAAGAUUUAUUUUUGUAGCAAUUGCAAUCAAGUAUUAUAUUUGGUUACAAACACAGCUACUUGCUUGGACAUGUAUUACACUCAGGUAUUUCAGACAAUAGAUCAAGCGCCAAUUCAUCGCUGAAAAUCCAUUGCAACAUAAAUCCAUCAUAUUUAAAACCUAACCUAAGUUACAUUUCUAGAAACAUGAGCUGAAGCUGGGAAAGCUUAAGUUCUUGCAAAAUUCAGCUCCGUGAACAUAGUGCUUUAGUAGUACAUACUUUGGAUCUGUCUUGCUUUAAGCUUUCAAUGCAGCAGUCAUCCAAAGAAUUCGAUAAUUACUAGCAGAAUAAAAAGACAGUAAAACGAGAAUAAUAUCAAUAAUAUUGACUCUGAAAUCAAUUUCUAUUGCAAUACAUUGUCUACCAAUAAAUUGUGGUAGUGAUGAAUUGUCGACGAUGUAAUGAUGUAUCAUGAAUGAACAUAACACGGGCAAGUAAAUGUUGAUUUAAUUCAAAAUGACCUUUCCUUGGUUUUAUCAACAAAUUCAGCCACUGAUUUUGGUACGAAAAUCACACUUAAUACUACCACACUAUUAAUUCCUGCUGCUUCUUUCAUCUGUUGGUCAGUUUCUUUAUUGCCCUUCCAGUGUUGACGGGAAGGGAAUAUAACAUUUAUUUCCGAUUUCUAUGACUCAAUUAUUUUUUUAUUUCAUUGGAAUUGGGAUGAAAAUUAUAAACUUGUUUUAUUUUCAAGAAAAUCUGUAAGAUCUUCCCAUCGUUGUGAUCUGAUCAUUAUCACGAUCAAUGAACAAUUUAGUUCUAUACUAAAUUCCUAGUGUCUGUAAACUAAGGGUCUUACUCAGUAGAAGCUUCUUCAAUAAUUAUAACUAUCACUAAUAUGUGAAAUUUGGCACUUUGCUCUGCUUUUACACCAAGCGCUUAGAUAACUAAUUCAAAAGGCUUCGUCCUCUUCAGUUUUCUCGAUUGUUUCGUGUUAAUGGAUAUCUGCCUUACUGUGUCUAUCUCCAGAUCGCGAUGAAUACCGCUAUUUCGAAAGUACCAGGGUGUAUCAAAGAUCCUCCUUGACACUUUAUUUUGAAAUAUUUGGAUUAUUUUGGUGCUGCUUUCGCUGACACAUCUCCAUAGUAGAAUCCGGUAGGUCCAUACCGGUUUCAGGAUUUGUACAUAUAUAAGUACAACUUGUUGAGUUGUUAUUUAUUAAAUCAAAGGGAAAAAAAGUAUUUCAAUAAACGUGAAGGAAAUAUAAAUAUUAUGUUGAUUGUUUGGAGAAAAUAGUAAUAAAGCGGCAAUUAUUUCUUAAACAACGGUUCAUUACUAACAAAUACUGGAAACUGAGUACUUUUUCUAUUAAUUUAUGAAGUAUUGCCAAGUACCCACACUAAAGGUGAUCCACAAGUAUUCUCAUCUUAUUUUGGUCACUCACGUCUAAUAUUCUAGCUCAUCGUCACUUUUUUAUCGAGACAAGUCUAUCAACGACAAGUAUUUAACGGGGAUGACCAUUUGAAGAGGAAAGUAUGUAGAAGUAUUAUUCUAUAUAUGAUUACAAAGAAAAAAAUAUGUCUAAGCCUUAGUAGAGUGUAUUAAGAUUUGAUUAGGCUCCUUUCUGUAUAAAAAACGAAUAAACGUAUUUUUUGCAGAUGAUAUUUUAUAAUGUAGUACGUGAAUGUUUGGCGAAUCUGAAUUAUCAUGUUAAAUGUUUAUAAAUACGUAUAAUGAAUAUAUUUUUCCAAUUAAAAUAACUAACAUUCUUCCCUAACUUGCGUAAAAUUAAUUUUUUAUCCCAAACCUCGUAUACGGUUUUAAAAAAUUUAUAUUUGGUGGUUGCAUUUUGAGUUUUGAUAUACGCAAAAGUUUUUUUGUAGAUUAUUUUUUCAUCAAUGAUAAAAAAGUUCAUAAUACCUCUUCAGAACUGUUUUUAUCUUUGGCUUCUGUUGUAUUUUGGUGAAAUAUUGUAUUGAUAGGACUUUUUUCCAAUAUUAAAUAUUUUUCAAUGGCAAUGUUGAUGAUAAAUAUCAAAGUACGCAAGCAACGUUGAAUUUCCUACCAUAUGGCGUAUCGAACUAUCUAGCAUUACUUGAACUCAGUUUUCAAUCUACUAGAUGAACUCCCUCUGUAGAACUAUUGGAAAUCGUCUAAUGCUGGUGAAUUUGAAAAUUCGAUAUGGCAGAUAUAUUUCUCGGAAUUUGUUCCAUCACGCUUAGGUCUGUGUAGCUUGUAGGAUAUAAAAAUCAUGUUCGUAUUUCUUCAUUGUAAUAUUCUGACCCCUAUUAGAUCUGUCUAAUUGUUUAGUGAUAGGCAAGAUCAAUUUUAAAAGUAUAUAUUAUAUAAAUAUGAUAAAUGUUUCCUGUUAUUACAUACAUAUUCUAUAGGUCGGACAGCAAAAGAGAACAGAUGCAGUAAUUAGAUAUACCCAAUAACACGAAUGCACAUUUCAGUAGUUAGAUAAUUUUUUGGGUGUAUCUAGAAUUAUUAAGUGAAUAAUGAUUGAACGAGCUUGACUGCAAAAGAAUUUACCAGGCUCCUAGUUAGAUACAUCAAAAUUUGCAAUAUCCUGUUGGUAUUCGUGACAACCUGGAAGUUAUUUGUUUACUUCUGAUCAGUGAAGGCUACUUGACAUGAUGCAAGACAACGUGUAAUCCAAAUGAAUUUGCUAGGUUAAUUAUUGGAUACAUGAAAAUUUGAAAUAUCCUGUUGGUAUUCGUGAAAGCCUGAAAGUAUUUGUUUAUUUCUAAUUAGUGAAAUCCAUUUGACAUUAUGCAAGAGAACGUGCAAUGCAAUGCAAGACGCAAUAUUUCUUGAUCAAAAGCAUGCGCAGACUGUUUCAUGCAAAAUGUCGCGCUUGCAAUUCUAGACACAAAUGAGUUUUUCUCUGACCGCCAGGGAUUUCUUAGUUAUCUGUCUGCAUGUGUAUGAGGUUUUCAAAUGUUUCUUCAUCUAUUCUCAACUAAUUUUUGUAUAUUUUCUUGUCUAAAGCUAAACUCAUGUUUUCUCUUGUAUCUAUCUAGGCAGAGCUCACCAUCACCUGGGUGCUCUUUUCUGUCCAUUAGACUCCAAAAGCAAAGCAGCAGCAGAUAUAAUUAUUGUCAAUUAUUCACUAAUCACUUUUUUCUUGCUUACUCCAGCUAGCUUGGCUAUUUUUAUUUUUAAAACACCCAUAAAAUAAUAAAUAAUAUUUGACAUUCGGAAACUGUUUACUUUUAUUUAUGAAAUUUCGAUUAGUGGUAACCAUGAUUUAAUGGCAAGUGACUUGUCUUAUUAUUCUAUGCAAUAUUUUGAUCUUUCUUGUACGUUGUCUAGCAUCAUAUCAAGCGGCCUUAAUAGUUGAGUACUGGCUGACGUAUAUCUUUCACGUAUUCUAAUUCAUAACUAUUUCAGAAUUAAUUCUAUGCUUGGGGGUGUUUCAUCUACAAAUUGAGGAAAUUUCUUUUGAGAUUGUAGUCAGAAGAUUCGAAAAUUAUGAUUCUAUCAAAUAAAACGCUAUGUUUUCUUGAAGAACAACAUCCAGUGGUUAUAAAACUAAAAAUCUUUAUCAUAUUUUUAAUACAAUUGGUUAUUAAAACUUUUUGGGAGAAAAAAAUUGUAUUGCGUCGAUCUACAUUUGAAGUACGGCCUCUACCAAUAUUAUUUUUUACUAGCAUCAUUAUGGUGAUGUUUAUAUGAUCACAUACGUUUGAGAAGUAAGAAAAACGCUGCUUUCAUUGAUUUCUGUUUGAGGAGGAGGUGCCCCUUUAUCAUAGUAGAUAGUUCUAAUGGAAAAGAUUAAUUAGAGUUACUCGAAUGUAUUGAUGUAUUGAGGGGGAAGUAAACAAUCAUUUAGUGGAUCUGAAGAUAUAUUUAAGCAUUUUAUUCUUGUUGGUAGACGUAGAAGUAGUAAAACAAAUUUUUUCCUAAAAAUUUGUAUAUGAUUGUUAUAUGUAAACAUAUAAAACAUAAGAAAAUUUGGGAAAUAUGUUCUUAAUUGAUUGGUUGUAUUUACAGACUAUGUAUGUUUAACUUUACCGAGGACAACGUUUUUAUAUUAAAAUUUUUCUGUUAUCAUAAAAUUUAUAUGUUCAACAUGACCAUUCAUAGAUUUGUUUUGUUGUAUUCAUUAUUCAAUGUGAUUAGCUUUCGUUUUGAUCAAUCCCGGAAAACCUGAUAACACGAAAUAUCUCUCGAAUUUUUGUAAUGUCAUAUAAACAAAUUCACACUACAAAUGCCAGCAGGGUAUUCUAAAUAUCAAUGUCUUUUACCAGAAGCAUAUCACUUUUACUCAAGCUAAAAUCGUAUCAAUCAUUUUUUCUAGAAAUAUUAUUUUAAAAAAAUUGAUUAUUUAUACCAAUUUAAAACUUGAAAUACAAACUGGGAAAAUUUCAACGUUCAAAGUUCAAAAACACACAAAAAUGGAAAACAUUUUAGUAUGAUUCAUAUUUAUCCAGCCUUUUUCGAAUGAUAAUAUUUUUGUUCGUUCUUGUAUGAAUAAGUCUGGAAGUAACAUAUAUUGGGAUGAAAUGAAAUAUAUAAUAAAUAUUAACCACGUAAUAUCUUAUCAAGUUUAUCUUUCCAUUAUCACGCUUUUUUAUAUAAAUAUGAAACUAAUUAUCAGUAGGAAUUAGCUUGUUCAUUGCCUUUUUGAAAAUAUUAAAUUUCAACCACUAACCCGCUUUGCAUAAAAAUGUUGUGAUAGGAAUUUAAUAUAAUGAUAUAUAAAUAAAUAAUAUAUUGAAAUUAAUGUUAUUGCUAAAUCUGGAAAAAGCUGUCAAACAGGCAAGGAUUUAUUAAACCAAUUUCAGAAAUUGAAUUAGAGAGUGAAUAACAUCUGUAGUUGAAGAUAUAGCCGAGGGAGAGGUACUGCAUUUGACAUUUUGAUGUGUUACAAAGAGAAAAACUUGAAAUUAAUAAUGAUACUCGUCACAGUAACUGUCCAGUUAUAACUUUAGAAUAAAGAUAAAAGAAAUUGUGUAGUGUUGAAGUAAUGAUCGUACCAUGAAUAUAAGUAAUAAAAAUUUCGCCUGAGACACCAUUUAUGAACAUGACUAAUUAAUAAUGAGUUCCGUCAACUAUUUCGUACUUUCGAUACUAGUAGAAGUUCAGAAGUCGAGGUAUGAACUGUCUCAGAGGGAUCGAAUAACCAUUUCAACCAUUCAGUUCAAAAAGAAAUCCUGUAUUAAUUCAAAAAUAAAGGCCGAUUCAUAAACUUAACUUUCUGUUUCUUGGUAUUUAUGGACAAUAUUAUGAAAAAUGACGAAGAGAAAACAAUCAAAGCCAAAAGAUCACCAUAAACAAACAAACAUAAAGGGAAAUAACUCCAACAUCACGCUCUAACCUCAUACGAACGGCCGACCGGAAAAGAUAAAAUUCGGUUAUGCUGAGAGACAUCAGUGGCAGGCCGAUUGGCAAACGGCAACUAUUGUCUUAUGCAAUUCAUUGUUUUUAAUUUUGUAACUUCAAACGUCAAGAUUAAGUAGCUACUUGAGAGUAGUAAGACGUAGAAUUCAAUUCUUUGCAACAUAAAAAUAUGCAGUAGAAUAAAAAGCAUAAAAUGAAUAUAAUUAAAAUGAAAGUAAAUAGAUUUAUAAGACUAUGGAAACACGAAGAGGUAACACUAUAGGGAGGUAACAUAUAAAAUAAAACAAGUUGAUAAGAAUGAGAAGAGAAAUAAAUAUGUGAAUAUAAUGAGUCCAGAAAUACUUGCAAAUAUGCAAACAAUAAAUCUUGCAAUAAAAUAUUCAGAUGAAUGGAUAACCUCUCAACAACAGAGGCACCGAGAAAAGGUAGACAAAAAUAGCUACUAAUCAUGGAAAGAAAAUGAUUCAAUAAAUAUCAACAAUAUCACAAGAAUGAAUGAUUUUCAAUAAUUUCCUUUUUAAAAAUAAAUAUAUUUGUUCAAGGUAAACUAGUUUUGAAUUCAUGUAAAAGAGUUUAAGCAUAAUGGAAAGAGGAAUUGAAAAUAUUGUUAAGAUAUGUGAAUAUAAGUUUGUUAUACGUUCCAUUCAUUAACUAUGAUGGCGAUAAGGAAUUUCUCUUUGGAUUCGAAAUUCUUUGUACUAUAUUAUUAUUUUUUGAUUAUAUAGCACAAACGCAAACCAUAAAAUCAUUAGUGUGCGAAGUGUCUCAUAUGAAUAUAGGUGUGAAACCAUUCUUCUCUUCUGCUGUCUACGAUAUGACUUUAUGUGGUUUAUAAGGUGUGUUAUUAUUUAAAUUAUUGUUUUCAGUUACGUUUUUCGCCAACAAAAGGCUUGUUAUAUGAAUAUUAUUACUAUUGUUGUCUGACUGACUGCAAAACAUGCAAAUGCUUGUAAUUUUAAUGUCUCCUCAGUACAAAAACACCACGAUAUAAACUAAUCAAUUAAUAUUAGAUUGAGUGAAUACAAUGUAAUGGAAACACUACUGAGUUCCAUUUAAAUCAAAAUAUGAUUUGGUUAUUAGGGAAAAUAUAUUUUACAUCCAUUAUCAUUCCUAUCAAGGUAGUUACUUCCUCAAAAUAUGUUUGUUGAGCUAAAGCGUUGAAAUUCAAUAGAAAGUAUGUAUACUCUCAGUAUAUUUCUAUUGAUAGCGUAGCUGUUUUAGUGAAAUGAAUAUUUGGUCGCUCAUUUAGUGGAUUGAGUAUAAUAUGGUUGAAUGGUAAUGCCCGAAUGUGAUAUCACUAAAAGAGUUCUACCCUCAUCCUAUGUCAUAAUUUGUGAUUUUAACUUUUUUCUUUGAACUAAUAUUCUAAUUUCCUACGUAUAUAUAAUUUUUUUUGCUGAAAGAGGUGUGCGCCAAGUGAGUAAUAUAGGUAAAUACAUUGUAGUCAAGUCGGAUUUAAUUCGAUUGGAUUUUCUAAUAGUCUACUAAUUUGAGCUAUUUUAAUACUUUAAUUUCAUCCAGGGUGUACAGGAUUUAAUUUCCAUCCAAUUUAAUUCGCAAUUAUUCAAAAGUUUCUUCUAAGAAAUCUGACGCAUUGGAAGUUAGUUUUAUAAGCAUAACUUGAAAACAUCGCUAUCUACAAACUUCAAACCUAAUACAUCGUAUGAACCUACAGUGAUAAAUUAUACUAUAAAUCCACUUUUUUCAUUGUCUCUUUAUUUAACGUUAUAGGGGCAACGGGUACGUGCCAACUACUAUUAAUUAUGAAACUAUAUUUUCUAUAAAAAUCUACAAUUAUGUGAAUUCACGAUUACGCACAGUUUCUAGAAUAAAAACAAUUUGAAAAUUAAAUUUUAGUCUUAGUACCAUUGGAGGUUUGUUGUCAUCUACUUGGACUUUUUGCGGCUUUUAUCAGAAUAAAAUGAUCUUGUGAUUGGUUGUACUUUUCAUUUGAGUAAAGUAAAUCAUAAUUAAUCAAUAGUACGGAUCAAAAUAGAGUAGGAAAGAAAAUUGGCCUGCAAGAUCGCCCGAUUUCAAUCCAAUUGUUUUGUAGAUUUCAUUAAUCCAAGAGCAUUAGAUUCCAGAAACUACGAAUUUCAUGUCAUACAAAAAAUAGUUGCCAUUUAGAUCAAAUAUUAUGAAAUUUGUUAUGAAACUUGUUUCAAAAACGUCAAAAAGUUGGUAUGAAAUUUAUUUUUUCUCGAAAUCAGCAUAUAAAAUCAAAUAUCGAAUUUCAUUUUAUCUCACAGUUUUCAUAUUCACUUCAAGAAUUUGUUAAAAAAAUGUAUAAACAAAAAAUUUGAAGAAUUUCUCCCGUUUGCUGCAACUAGCAUACAAUUUAUCACGACGCAUUCAUACAAUUUACGAAGCUAGUAAUUAGCGUUUUUGAGAUAUGCUUGAAAAACUGACUUAACAACGUCAUCUUCAAAAGCUGACAGCCCCACUGUGGGGAAUAAUCAAUAAUAAUAAAUAAUAAAAUAAAUAGAAUAAAUAGAAUAAAAUAAAUAGAAUAAUAUCAAUUUCAGUAUUUUUGGCGAAUUUACUUAAUCUCGUAUUUUCAAAAGUUGAUCCUGUCACUGUACCUUCUUUGCAAAUUACAAGAUCACCAAUUAUUCAUAGCAAUGAAACGAUAUUUUUGAUAUGAUUAUUGGUGUGUAAUUGUUGUUUUUCCUAAUAAGUAUCAUUAACCAAAGUUUUUGUAAGUAUUAUGAGACCUAACCAAAGACUAGUUCAUAGGCUGGAUGCGGAAAGUUGAUUUAGAUGGUCCUCAGAGGUAGGAAAAGUUGCAACGAUUGACUUAAAUUAAUAAAUUGUAGAAUUAGUCAACGUUUCCAUGAAAUGUUGAGAAACUAUUUUCACCUCGGUGAUGGGGUGCUGAUGCUAGAUAUACCGAUAAACAAAAAUAAUGACACUUAGAUUUUAUUUUACUUUACUUGUAUAUUUUUACAUUAAUUUUUUUGAUUGUUUGGUUGAAUUGUGUUACAAGCAAAUGAGUCAAUUAAAAAACAAGAUGCUCUUUGUCCCCUUCAUCUACUAGAAAUUGUAUCUAAAACAAGCCCGAAAGAGGAACCUGAUAGUACAUACCUACCAAAGAUAUGGAGGAAUCUGUAUAUAAUAUGGUCAUUAUAUUUGAGUGUCGGGUAGGUUUAGGCUAAAAACCAGUUUUUAAAAAAGCGGUUUUUGAAGGUGAUCAAAUGAUUUUAAAAUGUCAAUACUAUUGUCAAUGAUAUUUUUUUUUGGUAUCUAUAUGUCAAUCCGCAGCAAUAUAAUGAUGUAGAUAGUUUCAGGAAAAUUAACCAAAAAUAAAUAAUUGGUUUUUUUAUAAAUUUUGAUAUUUGCAGAACUGUGUUACAUUUGCAUUGAGUAAUAGGUAUAAGUUAGCAUUAAAAAUAUUUUAUUCACGUAGAUCGAUCCUAAAAGAACUAAUUAAACAUGUGAGAUAGACAAAAUAUACCACUUAUUUAAAUUUAUUGGAUAUUUAUCCUACCAAUUUAUUCCAGAAUGGUUCAUUUCAAAUUUUAUUGAGUCUUAGAUCAAUUGAACAGAUCUAUAUAAAAAACGGUUUUCUCUUCCAAAAAUCAAAUUCUUCAGCUGUUUAGGAAUUCAUUUGUAUAACAUCGUUUUUAUAUAUGUACCCUUAACAACUAAGCUCUGGUCUUUGUGUGGUAUUUAUGAUUAUAUUUUUUACAAAUUCAGUAGAAAUUAUAAAUAUGUAAACAUCUUCAAACUAUAAUAAUUAAAAUUAUGCGCAGAUCUUUCUUCCAUCUACUUAAAAUUUGUCAAAUGUCUCUCAUUCCUGGACUUAUCAGGGUAUAUUUCAGCAGUAUUUGAUAACAUUUCGUUUUUCGAUACCUUUUAGUAAUUUUUCCCGAAAACGUACCUAUACGCACUGUUACUGAUUCUUCCUAUUUCAUAUUCCAUUUCAACUUAUUGUUUCUAUAAAUCAUCGAUUCUGUUCAUUCUACUUCUACUGGUAUUCUUUAAUAGGAGGAUAGCAGCCAAGGUUCAGACGUUGAUGAAAUUUUUAGUUGUCCAUCACUUUGGAUUCUAGCUUACGACUCUUGAUGUAUUAGGAAUAUAUUUAAAUCAUCAAAUACAUGAUUACAAUAAUUCGAGUUUUCCAAGAGAGAAUUUGGUGAGUGAAAUAAUAGAAAUCAAAACAAAAUUGUGUAAAAAUUAAUAAUCGAAGUCCUUUACCAUGAAUAUAACUAAUAGUUUCAACCCAUUUAAUCAGCUGGCAAUCUUAUUUCAACUGCCCAAGUUUUCUUUCAACCUCGAGAAGCCGAAUAUAAUCUAUUAUUCCUGCUUCCAAUUAUUUAAGUUGGAGCACUGCAUUCAGUAUACUUUUUUUCUGAGAAUUCACUGAAAUAACACUUAUUUCAUUCUUUGCCUAGCUAUAAUAUAUUUUAUAAUGACAAGAGAAAAGGAAGAUUCACCCCAACAUAAUAGAAAUAAUCCAAGACUAGAACAUAUAAUUACACAUAUGUCAGAAUUGGACAAGGAGACAGCCUCACCUCGAACUCGUUCAGUAUCAUAAUGGAUGAGAUUAUAAAUGAGGUAAAGCAAACUGGAAGAGGAUACUAGAUGAAAAACAAAGAAAUAAAAAUAGAAUGUUAUGCUGAUGACGCAGUGAUUAUCUCAGAAGACGGAAUUAACUUACAAAGGCUACUGUAUAGGUUUGAAUAAAUAGCGAAAGCUUUUAAUAUGCAAAUAUCCUUGAAGAAAACCAAAUAUUUUACAGUAUACAGAGAACCAAGAAAAUCUAAACUCGCAAUCAGUGUAUAGAAGAAUAUCCAGAAGCGAACAUAACAAGUAAUAGAAAUCAUAUCAGGGUACCUGAGAGAUGUAAUUUGGUGGAAUAAAUAUAUUACUACCAGGAGCAGAGUCAGAAUAUAUAAGACCUGUGUGAGACGAGUAAUGACAUACGCGAUAGAGACCAGAGCAAAGAACACCAUACCUAAGCGUCUUUUAAGAACUACUGAAGUGCGAACGCUUAGAUCAAUAGCGGGACACACAUUAUUUAACCACAAGAGAAA